AUGGGAAUAGACGUCAUCGUCAUGGCGAUGGCCACGACAACCAGUCUUCCGUUCCUGCUGCAGGGUGUAAUUGGAAUGUUGGCAGGCAGGAUGUGAUGAGAAACGAGGGCUGACUGCCCUCUAAUCACUGUAACACACUCCCACACCCAACCCACCCGAGGAUCCGGUCCCAGAGACCAGCACAGAUCGCAUUACACACACACUCAUAAACACGCAAGCAUAUGUACACACACACAAACACACACUCUCACUCACCCACUCCAAAGACCAGGCACAUGUACCAUUACACACUCUCAUGCAUGGACACUCUCUCUCACACACACACACACACACACACACUGAUAGGGUUCAAAGAUGAGCUCAGGCCAGGGGUUUAAGUCACAGCAGGCCCUGCUUUGCUAAUUAUUAGUGAAUGUAUGUGUACGUGUGCUUGCCUGUUCACGUCUCUCUGUAUCAUUCUGCCGGUCUUAUCUCCAGUCUUAUCUAAUUCAGUCAUCACUGAUAUCCUUCCGAACUAGUUUCCCAUAGUGUCCAACCGGUAUUCCAAACAGAAUAAGGUUCUAUGUCCUCCAGGGCAGUGGUGGAAAAAGUACUAAAUUGUCAUACUUGAGUAAAAGUAAAGAUACCUUACUCCAACACUCAGAGAUCAUUCACAAACACAAUAUUUGUGGUUAGUUAGUCCACCAGAUCAGAGGCAGUAGGGAUGAUGGGUGCGUGAAUUGGACAAUAUUGCUGUCCUGCCUGAUCAUUCGAAAUGUAACGAGUUCUUUUGGGUGUCAGGGAAAAUGUAUGGGAGUAAAAAGUACAUAUUUUCUGUAGGAAUGUAGUGGAAUAUAAGUAAAAGUAGUCCAAAAUAUACUCUACUGUUCAAAAGUUUUGGGUCACUUAGAAAUGUCCUUGUUUUUUUGUCCAUUAAAAUAACAUCAAAUUAAUCAGAAAUACAGUGUAGACAUUGUUAAUGUUGUAAAUGGCUAUUGUAGCUGGAAACGGCUGAUUUUUUAUGGAAUAUCUACAUAGGCGUACAGAGGCCCAUUAUCAGCAACCAUCAGUCCUGUGUUCCAAUGGCACGCUGUGUUUGCUAAUCCAAGUUUAUCAUUUUAAAAGGCUAAUUGAUCAUUAGAAAACCCUUUUGCAAUUAUGUUAGCACAGCUGAAAACUGUUGUGCUGAUUAAAGAAGCGAUAAAACUGGCCUUCUUGAGACUAGUUGAAUAUCUGGAGCAUCAGCAAUUGUGGGUUUGAUUACAGAAUCAAAAUAGCCAGAAACAAAUAACUUUCUUCUGAAACUCGUCAGUCUAUUCUUGUUCUGAGAAAUGAAGGCUAUUCCAUGCGAGAAAUUGCCAAGAAACUGAAGAUCACGUACAACGCUGUGUACUACUCCCUUCACAGAACAGCACAAACUGGCUUUAACCAGAAUAGAAAGAGGAGUGGGAGGCCCCGGUGCACAACUGAGCAAGAGGACAAAUACAUGAAUGUCUAGUUUGAGAAACAGACACCUCACAGGUCCUCAACUGGCAGCUUCAUUAAAUAGUACCCGCAAAACACCAGUCUCGACGUCAACAGUGAAAAGGCGACUCCGGGAUGCUGACCUUCUAGUCAGAGUUGCAAAGAAAAAGCCAUAUCUCAGACUGGCCAAUAAAAAGAAAAGAUUAAGAUGGGCAAAAGAACACAGACACUGGACAGAGGAAGAUUGGAAAAAAGUGUUAUGGACAGACAAAUUGAAGUUUGAGGUGUUCGGCUCACAAAGAAGAACAUUUGUGUGACACAGACCAAAUGAAAAGAUGCUGGAGGAGUGCUUGAUGCCAUCUUUCAAGCAUGGUGGAGGCAAUGUGAUGGUCUGGGGGUGCUUUGGUGGUGGUAAAGUGGGAGAUUUGUACAGGGUAAAAGGGAUCUUGAAGAAGGAAGGCUAUCACUCCAUUUUGCAACGCCAUGCCAUACCCUGUGGACGGCACUUGAUUGGAGCCAAUUUCCUCCUACAACAGGACAAUGACCAAAGCACAGCUCCAAACUAUGCAAUAACUAUUUACGGAAGAAGCAGUCAGCUGGUAUUUUGUCUAUGAUGGAGUGGCCAGCACAGUCACCGGAUCUCAACACUAUUGAGCUCUUGUGGGAGCGGCUUGACCGUAUGAUACGUAAGAAGUGCCCAUCAAGCCAAUCCAACUUGUGGGAGGUGCUUCAGGAAGCAUGGGGUGAAAUAUCUUCAGAUUACCUCAACAAAUUGACAACUAGAAUGCCAUAGGUCUGCAAGGCUGUAAUUGCUGCAAAUGGAGGAUUCUUUGACGAAAGCAAAGUUUGGACACAAUUAUUAUUUCAAUUAAAAAUCAUUAUUUCUAACCUUGUCAAUGACUACAUUUCCUAUUCAUUUUGCUAUAUUUCCUAUUCAUAUUCAAACUAAUUUAAUGUAUGUUUUCAUGGACAACAAGGACAUUUCUAAGUGACCCCAAACUUUUGAACGGUAGUGUAAAUAGUAAAGUAAAGAUGCCCAAGAAAAUGACUUAAGUAGUAUUCAAAUCAUUUUUACUUAUUUACUUUAAACCACUGCUCCAUUGGUGUAAAACAUAGCAAAAUGUUUUUGGAACUGAAAGCAAAAUAAGCAUUUCUUAUUGGACAAGUUUAGGUCCUUCCUUUUUCUGUCUGUUUUCUCCCAUUUUGGUAUUUAAUGAAUAUGACCCAGCACCUAGAAUAAGUCAGUCUGUCAAUGUUUUUAUACAAGGCCUCUGGCUAUUUCUCUUUCCUCCCCAGUCAUUGUUGAUGUGUCUUCUCUUUCUCUAUACGGCCUGGCUGCAUCUAAAAUGGCGUCCUAUUCCCUUUAAAGUGCACAGCUUUUGACCAGAGCCCAUUUCAAACACAGCCAGGGAGCUAAACAGACCAUAGAGUGGUACACUAGUAGUGCGCUACAUAGGGAAUAUGGUGCCAUUUCGGAUGCACUCUGUGUCUCUGGUGGGUAGAGACAGGCAGAGGACACUCUCCAGACUCUCCUGUGUCCGUACACUCUCCAGACAUAAUUGCUGAUCUCAGGCGACACUUGCGCCGCCAGGGGGUCUCCCUAGGUCUGAAAUCUGAUCUCAGAUCCCAGUGGCAGGCCUGGGACACUCUGAUAACACCUCACCGCAACAGCCACAAUUAAUGUCGCCCCGGGACUGUUGGACUGGUUCACAGAACAGGGCCCAGGAGGAUUAAAUCGAAGUGUGUGUGUGUGCAUGCGUGCAAGUGUGUAAUGAUAUUAUACACUUGGUCUUCGGUGUGUGUGUGUAUGCGUGUAUGUACAACACUGCACGUGCAUGCACAUUAUGCAUAUGAGUGCAUGUGUGUUUUCAUGCUAAUGUGAAUAGAAUGACAAAGCAGAGGGUGGACCCAGCCAGAAGAAGAAUUAACCCCCGGUCAAAACCCUCGAGAUCCCCUUGCAAACCAAUGGGAAGCACCCUAUACCCAUUGGUAGAGCUAGUGGAACAGUCAGUGACCCACCAAUAAUAGCAUAGCGACGGAGAUACACACAUAGAGACACAUUCUCACUGGACAAUAGGUACCAGGCAAGUUUUCUGUUUAACCAAACGAGUCAAUACUGAGACAAUGUCUAUGUGGCUCUCAGAUACAAUACGGAGCAAAGAUCAUAUGUGCUUAAACAUGUGUGAUAGAGACCUGGUAUGUUUGUCUGGUUUCAAUAUAGGUCACUGAACGAGGUCACCCGACUGAAAUGCGUCCAUGAUCCAAUUCAAUCAAAAUAACUUUAUUUAUCCUGUGUAGGGCUGACCCCAUUUAGUCGACUGGUGGAUUGUUUGGUUGACAGGCUGUUGGUCGGCCGAGAAUUGUUUUUGUUGAGCAGUUGCAAAAAAACAAAAAACACAUUUUUAUGGCACGGAUUUAUUGACACACGUCUCAGUGGACUAAUCCAUUGCGGAGGCCGCAGGGAUGGCACACCAGUAUCACCAGUAGUACAUUUACCAUUCAUUUCCAUAAUUUCUAAUCCACAAUGUUUGUUUGGUUACGGUAAUUUCUGUUAAUGCAAUAUACCCAGGUCUGCGUGGCAUCUUCUCUCUGUGUUAUGGUGGAUUUGUAAGCAUGUCGACAGUACGUUCCUACUAGCACCAGCCACUAGCUGGCUAGGCGCAGUCCAAAGAUUAUACGUGGGUAUAGGAUUGACUGGCUUUAUUUUCAGAAACGGACACUGUCUGUUUCAUGGCUCACUUUUUAGGAAGUAGCACACAGAGGCAAAUCUUCCCUGUGUUUUCAGGCGGUGGCCGCCUCUAUUGUAAUGAUGUGUGUUCUAGUUUCCAUGGCAUCAACAUUUUGCUGGUUGAGCUGUGUGCAACUGGGAUCAUUAACCAAUGCAGUGCACCAGGGCCAAAGGCAUGAUUGAUGACUGCAGUCUCCACCAGUGCUGUGCUAGUAAGGCUAGCACCAGUAGUACCAAGCUUUGGAUUAAGGUAGAUUUACAUUGGGGAGUACUGCCACUUAUAUGUGAAUUAGACUUCGGAGCAGUCUGGCCGCAUGUCGAAUGCCUUUCUACCCGAUUCUAACAGAGAUUUGCCCGAUGUGCUAUCACUUUACAUUUGGUGUGCCGCAGUUGACCAUUGCACAGGUAUAAAUUGUUUGUUGGCCGUGUGGGGGAAAACUCUUGAUGUUGCGAGCCGGGACUGUUAUUCCCGCAUUUCCCUCAUUUUAAAUUAAGCUUAAGUCUACUGUAUUAGCCUUUUACGGUGUGCUUACGACAACAGUACAUAGGUCUAUGUUACCGCCAUUAUGAUCCUAUAUGGGGUACUUUACAUGCAAUAUCUAGUUCGAUGGUGCAGUAGUUAGAGAAGAGUAUCUUGUUGUGACAGCAGCAGGAGGGUACUGUGGGUGGUAUCAGUGUGGAUUGGGCCCACUGUGGGAUAUCUCGGCCAGGCAGCUCAGCGUAAUCCCCCGCCCAGAUUACUGCCGGCAGGCUGGCCAGCCGAUAGAUGAGAUUGCAAUUCUGGCGAGGCGAUGGAUGAGAGUGGGCAGAGGCAAGUGAGGGAGCAGGCGGCUCAGGGAAUGCCCUGUCUCCUCUCAUAAUGUACACUACUCCUCUGUUCUAUUUUUCUCUUUCGCUUUCUCUCUCUCUCCCUCCUUUCUUUUCUCUCUCUCAUGUUUUGAACCCUGCACCUAGGAAAACCAUUAGAUGUGUGUACACCAUUUCCCCUCAACCAUUACUGUUCUACCUCUCCCGACUGGUUUGUGCUCCAGGGUGAAGUUUUCCCUAGGUACAUAUCUAGGAUCUGCUUUCCCUCCCCCAAUCCUAACCUUAACCAGGAAAUACAAAGCUGACCCAAGAUCAGGGUCUAGGGGCAACUUCACCCUACUCCACUGGGGCUCAUAGUUUAUACACCUUACGUACAUCACCUUACUUGAACCUCAUACGCACAAAGCCUCAUUGUCCAUUUGUAUCCCGCCCUCUUUCGUCUCUCGCUUUGUUGCUUUCUCUCUCUUUCUUCACCUUUCCAUUCUAAACUGCUAAAUGACUCAAAUGUAAAUGUAAACAGUCUGAUUUAUAAGACUGCAGUGGGAUUUGGCUGCUUCCCCAGGCCUGCCCCCCAACUGUUUGCAGAGGGAUGGAGAAGAGAGGGAAUAGAGGAAGGACAUGAUUUACAAGGCAAAAACAGAUGAGGUGAUUUUGAAUACUGGAAGUGGUUGAGAGAAAGUGCGAGGGAGAGAGAGCAAUAUCCCUUUAGUGUUCACACAUCAGAGCAGCGGGUAGGUCUAAAAGCAAUAUUGGGGAUUGCUCCACCUAGGCCUCUGUUCCAAUUUCUUCACAUUUAAGACACUUAACAUCUAAGUGAUAAGUAGGGGGGGGGGGGACAUGGAACUGGGUCAAAUUUCAAUCACAUUAUAUUCUAAAGUCCUUUUUACAUCAGCAGUUGCCACAAAGUGGAACUGGGUCAUCGUAGUCUUUCUAUAACAAUAACCUUUUUCACACUAUUGUGUCAACCUGAACUGUGCUCUUUUGGCUCGCUUUCCAGUGAGUACUGAUUGGGACGAUGGCCAGCCUGCUUUUGUUACUAACUGCUUUUUUCCAGCAUGAUUUAAGUGGGGCAUGGCAAGCGAACUAUGCCUCUAUUCACUUUGGGCUGGAAACAGAUAUGUUAUGGGGCCAGCUCAGCUCGCUUUUAGCGACUGGAACUAGCCAUGUGAAAAUACAAUAUCCAAGCAAUAUGGUUUGGGUUGGGACGAUAAUGUGGGUAUAGGAGCGUUGUGUCAAAUCUGACCCUAUCUACUCCAGGGUUCUCCAACUCCAAUCAUGGGUGUGCAGACUUUCGAUCCAGCCCUGCAGUAAUGCACAUUAUUCAAAUAUUAAACCAAAAAAGGUUGUCUCUCUGGACCGGAAUUAGCUGAAUCAGGUUUGUUAGUUACUGCAGGGCUGUAUCAAAAGCUGAAGUUGGAGAACCCUGUUCUACACCAUUGAUUUCUUAUAGAGCAGAACUAAGAUUCUCAUCUUGCACACACAUCACAAGGGAGGCGUACCUUUCCACUACUGUAAAUAUACAGAAAAAAAAUGACAUGACUGACAAGCAGAUGUUUCAGCUAACUGCAGACCUACCCACUGGGCGAAGACGGCAUUUCAACGCCUAGUUUUGAUUUACAAUUGAUUGAGUUGUCAACUAACAUGAAUUCAAUGUGAAAUCAACAGAAAUGUUAUAGGUUUAAAGUUGAGUGAAAACACACAACAAUUUCCGAAAAACCUUUUAUGUUGAUGACUUAAUGCAAAUCCAAUCAGUUUUCCACGUUAAUUCAAAGUCAUCACAUUUUCUUGUUGAAAUGACAUGGAAACAACGUUGAUUAAACCAGUUUGUGCCCAGUGGGUAGGGUCAGUUUCCCUUUCCUCAAACCUUACUAGAUCAAAUUUUAUUGGUUGCGUACACUGUUUGAUGAAAUAAGACACAAAUGAUACAAGAGGGAGCCAGAGAUCAAGAUAACCAGAAUAAAAAAACCUGACCCGACCAUCCUCCUCCUGCUGGCUUUCGCCGAUUCUGACGUUACUCUCCUAAAGUUGAUGGUAAUAGGCUACACAAGGAGUCUGCAACCUUUUGCAUGUGGAAUGCUAAUUUAUCUGACCAUUUCUACUGAUCUGUGUGCCAGUUAUGAUUUUCAUAUGCACAUUUUUGUGGAACUGUUUCAUUUCAUUUAUAAUAACGUCUUCGGAUCUGAAACUAUGUCAUGUGGUUAGUCAAAUUCUAUCCAAAUCUAAAUUAAAAUUAUACAAACCUAAAAAGUAACUUCUAUUGCCAUUUACAAAUACAUAAAGCCAACAAAUAAAAACAUUGCAGCCUGGAGGUAAAAAAUAUCCUGAUUUUAAAAAAUAUAUAUAUAUCCUAUAAAUCACGCAUGGCCUAUCUGCAACAACCUUGAAACAUUGUAUCAACUAUUAACUUGGGUCCGGCCCGAAGCUCACAGCAUUGUAUAAAAUAUUUUGGGCCCUCAGUUUCCCGCGCCAGUGAGCUUGGGACAGACAUAGCUGUAGGCUGUUUGUGCAAGGGAUAAGAGGUCAUCAGGUAGGCCUAUUUUAUGAUGUUUCCACUGGAUCAGAGAAUGACAUUUUUCCUUUUCACACUGAGUGGUUAUCAAAAGGGAGAGCGCUAGAAAGAUUUUUCAAGUACAUUGAACUAUUGUCAUUCUCAAUGGAUGUAAAAACAGACUUCAUUUGCUUGCUGUUUGAGGUGAAGAAAACAUUACUUUGAGAAGCUCCACAGCUCAUUAGUGGUGUUGAGUUAAGACAAUCAGAAAUACUAUCAGAUCCCUAAUUGAGCACAUUUAAAUGCCUACAUUUGCGUGCAGGCCAGGUAGCCUAUAGGCCUAAUUCUACGUGUAAUCAGGUGCGUGUCCUUACUCAACAUUGACAGGAGUGCUCCAAACAAAAGACAAUGACUAAAUUGACAACUCGUAAAUGGAAUGAAAUAAACCAAAACUUGUUUCUCACAAGCAUAGGUUGUGCGCUCCUAACAAUGAGAACGGUAAAAGACUGGAAUAAUAAAAUAUUGAAUGCAUUAACAGAAAUUACAGACAAACAUUGUAGAUAAGGAAUGAAAGGUAAAUGUACUACUGGUGAUAUACACUACCAGUCAAAAGUUUGGACACACCUACUCAUUCAAGGGUUUUUCUUUAUUUUUAGUAUUUUUUACAUUGUUUUGAUGUCUUCACUAUUAUUCUACAAUGAAAUAACAUAUGGAAUCAUGUAGUAACAAAAAGUGUUAAACAAAUCAAAAUAUAUUUCAUAUUUGAGAUUCUUCAAAUAGCCACCCUUUGCCUUGAUGACAGCUUUGCACACUCUUGGCAUUCUCUCAACCAGCUUCAUGAGGUAGUCACCUGGAAUGCAUUUCAAUUAACAGGUGAGCCUUCUUAAUAGUACAUUUGUGGAAUUUAUUUCCUCUUUAAUGCGUUUGAGCCAAUCAGUUGUGUUGUGACAAGGUGGGGGUGGGGGUGGGGGGGGGGGGGGGGGAAUAGUAGCCCUAUUUGGUAAAAGACCAAGUCCUAUUAUGGCAAGAACAGCCCAAAUAAGCAAAGAGAAACGACAGUCCAUCAUUACUUUAAGACAUGAAGGUCAGUCAAUAUGGAACAUUUCAAGAACUUUGAAAGUUUCUUCAAGUGCAGUCGCAAAAACCAUCAAGCGCUGUGAUAAAACUGGCUCUCAUGAGGACCGCUGGAUGGAAGACCCAGAGUUACCUCUGCUGCAGAGGAUCAGUUCAUUAGAGUUACCAGCCUCAGAAAUUGCAGCCCAAAUAAAUGCUUCACAGAGUUCAAGUCACAGACACAUCUCAACAUCAACUGUUCAGAGGGGACUGUGCGAGUCAGGCCUUCAUGGUCAAAUUGCUGCAAAGAAACCACUACUAAAGGACACCAAUAAGAAGAAGAGACCUGCUUGGGCCAAGAAACACGAGCAAUGGACAUUAGACUGGUGGAAAUCUGUCCUUUGGUCUGGAGUCCAAAUUGGAGAAUGUUUGGUUCCAACCACUUUGUCUUUUGUGAGCGGAUGAUCUCCACAUGUGUAUUUCCCACCGUAAAGCAUGGAGGAGGAGGUGUUAUGAUGUGGGGGUGCAUAGCUGGUGACACUGUCUGUGAUUUAUUUAGAAUUCAAGUCACACUUAGCCAGCAAUGCUACCACAGCAUUCUGCAGCGAUACGCCAUCCCAUCUGGUUUGGGCUUAGUGGGACUAUCAUUUGUUUUUCAACAGGACAAUGACCCAACACACCUCCAGGCUCUGUAAGGGCUAUUUUACCAAGGAGGAGAGUGAUGGAGUGCUGCAUCAGAUGACCUAGCCUCCACAAUGGGAUGAGUCAGACGGCAGAGUGAAGGAAAAGCAGCCAACAAGUGCUCAGCAUACUGUUGAAGUCGGAAGUUUACAUACACCUUAGCCAAAUACAUUUAAACUCAGUUUUUCACAAUUCCUGACAUUUAAUCCUAGUAAAAAUUCCCUGUCUUAGGUCAGUUAGGAUCACCACUUUAUUUUAAGAAUGUGAAAUGUCAGAAUAAUAGUAGAGAGAAUGAUUUAUUUAUUUAAUCACAUUCCCAGUGGGUCAGAAGUUUACAUACACUCAAUUAGUAUUUGGUAGCAUUGCCUUUAAAUUGUUUAACUUGCGUCAAACGUUUCGGGUAGCCUUCCACAAGCUUCCCACAAUAAGUUGGGUGAAUUUUGGCCCAUUCCUCCUGACAGAGCUGGUGUAUCUGAGUCAGGUUUGUAGGCCUCCUUGCUCGCACAUGCCUUUUCAGUUCUGCCCACAAAUUGUCUAUAGGAUUAAGGUCAGGGCUUUGUGAUGGCCACUCCAAUACCUUGACUUUGUUGUCCUUAAGCCAUUUUGCCACAACUUUGGAAGUAUGUUUGGGGUCAUUGUCCCAGAUACUUUUGUAUCUGUUUCCUCCAGCAUCUUCACAAGGUCCUUUGCUGUUGUUCUGGGAUUGAUUCACACUUUUCGCACCAAAGUACGUUCAUCUCUAGGAGACAGAACACGUCUCCUUCUUGAGCGGUAUGACAGCUGCGUGGUCCCAUGGUGUUUAUACUUGCGUACUAUUGUUUGUACAGAUGAACGUGGUACCUUCAGGCAUUUGGAAAUUGCUCCCAAGGAUGAACCAGACUUGUGGAGGUCUACAAUUAUUUUUCUGAGGUCUUGGCUGAUUUCUUUUGAUUUUCCCCUGAUGUCAAGCAAAGAGGCACUGAGUUUGAAGGUAGGCCUUUAAUGUCAAUUAGCCUAUCAGAAGCUUCUAAAGCCAUGACAUCAUUUUCUGGAAUUUUCCGAGCUGUUUAAAGGCACAGUCAACUUAGUGUAUGUAAACUUCUGACCCACUGGAAUUGUGAUACAGUGAAUUAUAAGUGAAAUAAUCUGUCUGUAAACAAUUGUUGGAAAAAUGACUUGUGUCAUGCACAAAGUAGAUGUCCUAACCGACUUGCCAAAACUAUAGUUUGUUAACAAGAAAUUUGUGGAGUGGUUGAAAAACAAGUUUUAAUGACUCCAACCUAAGUGUAUGUAAACUUCCGACUUCUAUUGUAGAAGCAGUUUUUCAGUCUCUCAGUCCCAGCUUUGAUGCACCUGUACUGUCUCCACCUUCUAGAUGGUAGCGGGGUGGACAGGCCUUGGCUCCGGUGGCUAAGGUCCUGACUCCUUGCUGAUCUUAUUGGCCUUCCUGUGACACCUGGUGCUGUAGAUGUCAUGGAGGGCAGGCAGUGUGGCCCAAGUGAUGUGUUGGGCUGACCGCACCACCCUCUGGAGAGCCCUGUGGUUGUGGACAGUGCAAUUGCCAUACCAGGUGGUGAUACAGCCUGACUGGAUGCUCUCAAUGGUGCAUCUGUAUACGUUUUUGAGGGUCUUAGGUGCCAAGCCGAAUUUUUUCAGCCUCCUGAGGUUGAAGAGGCACUGUUGCGCCUUUUUCACCACACUGCCAGGGCCCUCUCCUCCCUGUAGGCUAUUUCGUAAUUGUUGGUAAUCAGGCCUGCCACUGUUGUCUGCAAACUUCCUUUACCACCUGGGGUCGGCCCAUCAGGAAGUCCAGCACCCAGUUGCACAGUGUCCUGGACCUUAACCAUUAAGCACAAAACUGCCUCUAGGGUCAUGAUCAUUUUGCACCAAAUCGAAAAACUGACUGAAACGCGGAAUGACUUCCCGAAGUUGUCCAAUAAGAAACACUCAUUGUCGUUUUCCGUUGCAAAAAGUUUUUCUACGGUGUGCCUUAAUGAAUACGACUCUGGUCUGUGCUUACUGCUUAUCAACGGGCAACCAGUCUAUGAGUUGGAAAUUGAAUUUCGACCCGGUUCCUGAGUGCAUCCCAAUAAUAUAUCCUUCCUCCUGAAGCAUUGGAUUGGUAUAGACAUGGGCUAGAGGGUGUUUCUAUAUACCAAUAAUUUCCUUUCAAAUCUAUGAAGGGAAGUGCACAAUUUGGGAGGAUGGAGAGAUUAUUGGGACUCACUUAUUGAUUCUCAAAGUCAGACAAACUCAUGGAUACCAGUUUUAUGUCUCUGCCAGCAACGUUCUAUCUAUCGCAUUAUGGCGUCUGUGAAUGCACGGGCCGCUCCAUUGAGACAUAUUACAACACUGCAAUCUCUAUACGACAAUGGGACAAAGAAUGAGGAAGUGGAUUAUGAUUAUCUCGUUUAUGAUUAUCAGUCAAAUUUAUGAAUUUAUAAAAUAUUGAUUACUAUAUAUAGCUUUGAAAGACUAUAUAUGACCAACCACCCAGCUUUGGAGUAGUUGGAAGGUCUAUUUCCCUGCUUUUGAGAGGCGCUGGCUAUUGUACCGGGAGACUUCUAGCAAUUGCCCUAAGCUAGCGAUAUGCUAACUUCAAUAAUUUCCAAACUGCACGCAGAGACAUAAAAAUGGUAUCCAUGAGUUCGUCGAAGUAAGUAGAAAAACGACCUAAAUCUUGGAAUCUUACAGAAUCCCUUUAACCCUGCACUUUGAGAGUUGUGUGGGGAGUUGAUCCUCCACCCCUAAGCAUCCCCUCUCCGGCUCCCAGAUGGCAGUGUAGGAAUUGGGUCCCGGUUCCUAUGUCACCUCCCUCACACCCUCUGCGGGGUCUGUAUACAACUGGAUGUAUCCGGUUUUCAGGGGAAAUGGAAAGCGAGCCUUUGACGCGACUUCCGCUUUUGGACAUUAACAAGGCGACACUCCUUCUUAACUCCUCCACAUUUACUGCGUUGGUUGAACAGAACCUCUCCCAACAGUAGAUUGUUUCUCGUCAGGACCAAAAAGAAAGAAACACCGCUCAGGCAUUUAUGUUACGCCUGCUACGUUAGGUUACUUCCCUCAUUACAGAUGGCAGGGUGUUAGCUUUGCUGGCCUCGUGCUAAGAGACCGAGGAGAGGAUUUCACAACCUGUAUGUGUGUGAGGGAUUUGCAUGGCGCUAGGGCAUGUGGCCUAGCAGGUUGGCGUUAAGGACAUGAAUUUCUUUAGGCGACACAUCCAUCCCUCAUAGAACUACACUGCAAUCUGAUCUGUCCGAGUGUGUGUUUGUGUGAGUUUCGUUUUUGUGUGUGUAGACGUGCAUGCCAGAAUGUGGGCAUGCACAGUGCACUGAGUGUGUGUGCAUAUGAAUGGGCGUGUGCGUGUGUCUGUGUGAAUGUGUGUGUGUGUGUGUAUGUGGAUAAGGAUUACAUUGUGCAUUAGCUCAGAAGAGAAUCAAGUCCAUUCACAGUAUGUCAUCCUCGACUUCACAAACAUUUGUUUUACUGCCAAACCACUAACAAGAUUAUAGAAAAACACAAUGCAAACAGUCUCUCUUUCUCUCCUCUCUCUCUCUCAUUCCCUAGUACAAUGCUGUCUUUCAGUCUUUCGUUUGUCCCCACCUCCUUUCUUACAGGAUUCUCAUUAUAAAACCUCCUUAUGGACACACAUAUGCACAAACACACACUCACAUACUCGCAGAGAUACAUGUACACACAUCGAUACAGUUACAUAAUAUCAUUAGUACCUGUGAAUAGGCAUUGGAUGGACAACAAAGGCACACACACACGUGAGCCAAGCCAAGCAUGCAUACCCUUUGGCAGGCUGGCAUACUACAGUACAUGUUCUUUCUCAGUGCUGCCACCUGUGGGAUAUCGAGGAUACGUGCAUGUGUGUUUGUGUCUAUGUGUGUGCUGUGCGUGCAUGCAGUCCAAUGUGCCUGCGUGCGUGUGUAAAAGCUUGAUAGGUUUGGGGACGUUUCGUAAGAGACUGCAGUGGUGCUAUGGGUUUGUCAAUCACAAUUCAGUAGGGAAGUCUACAGUAGAGAAAUCCUUUCUCUCACCAUCAAAGCUCCUCAAAGAAAGCCUCUCCUUUUACCAUUGAUGGGUGUAGUGUGAAUUUGCCCCUAGGACGCUGAUCUUGGGUCAGUUUUGUAUUUCCCCCACAAAUCGUUAAGGUUAGGAUUGGGGGAGGGGAAGCUGAUCCUAGAUCUGUACUGAGGGGAAACCUCACACCGGAGCCUCAUUGAUGUAACAAGUCAAUGCCUGAAACGGCACCCAAACUCUAAUCUGUGCCUGCAUCCCAAAGGGCACUCUAUUGGGCCGUGGUCAAAAGUAGUGCACUAAUAAAGGGGCCUAUAUCUCCUCCCUCAACCCUUUGUCUUUUCCCCGCUAACACCUCAAGUCAUCUUCCCCCUAUUUUCCCAUCGUUGUUCUCCUCUUAUUCCUUCCUCUCCCACUUUUCUUCUUUAAUCAUUACCCCAUUCCCUCCCUUUCUUACACAUUUUCAGUUUUUUCUCCAAUCUUCCAUUCCUCUUCCUUCUGUCCAUCCCAUCUCUACAUCAUUAUUAUGUUUUUUAUGAAAAUGUAUUUAUAAACCUUCUUUGUAUUAUAUUGUUCUAUGUGUCAUGAUUUGCCAAUUAUUUGUGGAGCUUAUGUUAGAAACUGCUGCCAUCUUGAAUAAGGGUCCCUAGCAAACAACAAUGACAGUAACCUGUAUAAAUACAAGUUAAAUGAAAAUAACCUAUUUAGUAAAAUGUUGUAUCAAGUAUUUUUUGCUGACCAUUUGGGUUUCUCACUUCUUCUCGCACAUGCCUACCUGUAUAGCUGCCAUUGGCAAAUUGUAAUACUAUAGAACGAGAGUAAAUGAACAAUUCUCUUUUUGUCUCUCCUCCCUUCACCUCCCCUCCCCUCCCUCCUCUCAAGGUGCCGACGGACGGUGGGAUGGGCCUGCUGGCGGAGCCCCAGGUGGCCAUGUUCUGUGGGAAGCUCAACAUGCACGUGGAUGUCCAGAGCGGCAAGUGGGAGUCGGACCCCUCCGGCACCAAGAGCUGUAUCGGCACCAAGGAGGGCAUCCUGCAGUACUGUCAGGAGGUAUGGAGAUUGGGGUUGGAUACGAUAUGAUACGAUACAAUACCUUAAUAUAUAAUAAUAUAAUGUAUGCCAUUUAGCAGACGCUUUUAUCCAAAGGCGACUUACAGUCAUGCGUCUAAACAUUUUAGCAGAUACCCAUAGACUUCCAGUCAUUGCGCUACACGCUAGUCAGCAUUGGCUUGCGAAACUACCUCUAACUUCCUUCAUACUGGACGCAGAGACAUUAAAAUGGUAUCCACGAGUUAAUCUGACUCUGGAGAAGUAGAUAAAGUGCCUCAUUGCCAAAAUCCCGAAGUAUCCCUUUAAGAGUGUUGGGCCAGUAACCAAAAGGUCGCUGGUUCGAAUCCCUGAGCCGACUAGGUGAAAAAUCUGUUGACGUGCCCUUGAGCAAAGCACUUAACCCUAAUUGCUCCAGGGUCGCCAUCAAUAAUGGCACUCUCCGAGAAAUUCCAACAUGCGUAUAAUACACACAUGUACAUGUAUGAAAUAGGACAAAUGUAAGCACCCACCUUAUUAUUAGUAGUAGUAGUAUUCUGGCGUUGCAAGCGCCAUGCUCUACCAACUAAGCUACAGAGGAAGCUACUUUAAUGUCCAUAUAAAUGGACAUUUUAUUUUGUUAGGUCACCAUACUAAAUACACAUUUACGUCAUUUAGCAGACCCUCUGAUCCAGAGCGACUUACAGUAGUGAGUGCAUACAUUUUCAUAUUCGUUCGUACUGGUUCCCCGUGGGAUUCGAACCCACAACCCUGGCGUUGCAAGUGCCAUGUUCUACCAACUGAGCCACACGGGACCUAUACACUAUCAAUACACUAUAAUACAAAAUGCAAUGCAAAAAUACUGGAAUGUGAGAACACACAUGGGGGAGAAGGGACAAGGAGGGGAAUGAGAGAGGGAUGUAUCGGCAUCCUGCAGUACUCGUAGGAAGAGAGGGAGGAGAGAAGAGAAGGAGGGAGUAGAAAGGGUGGCUUUGGCAUCAACCAGGACUGCCCGGAGGUAGGAGGAGAAGGGGGGGGGGGUAGAGGCAUGUAUCAAGAGCUACGUAUUGCCAGGAGCUAGGGGGGAGGGAAGGUGGUAGCGUUAGGGGGAGGGAGGAGCUAAAGGAGAAGGAUCAAGAGCCAAAUCGGCACCCUGCAAUAUUGCCGGGGGGGGGGGGGGGGAGCGAGAGAGAGAGAGGAGAGGAGAGGACAUGGGGGAAGAGAGAGGGAGUAGGGAAAAAGAGACAUGUAUUGCCAGGUGGUAGGGUUAGGGAGAAGGGGGAGAGGGAGGGUUCAAGCUCAAGUAAAUGUAAUUAUUUACAUGGCACAAUACAGUUGAACUCUGAAUUGUUUGAUGAAUAAAUAAAAAAAACUAAAGGGAGGGAGGGAGAGAAAGAGACAUCAGAAAGGAAUGUGCAUAGAGAGGAGUUGGAGAGUAGUGCUGUUGUUAAAAUGGAGAUUGAGAAGAAUUGGGUCAGGGAAACGGUGGAUAAAUGAUAAACCAAUUUAAAGGCAGGAAAGGAGGGGUGGAGUGAGUUAGUGAAGUAAUUGGAUGAGAGGAGCGAAACAGAGAAGUAAUACUUGGAGAGGUGGAUUAGAGAAGAACCGAGAACAAUGAACAGAGGGGGAGGGGGAUAUAGAGAGAGGGGGAGAGAGUAAGAAAGAGAGAGGGCUAGGACCGGAUGGUAGGGACAGAUGGGAGGAUGUGGAUGAACAGUGAUUGGGAGAGAGCGAAAGAGAGAGUGCUCACCACCUUGUGAACGGAUGGUGGGACAGAUGGGUGAUGAUGUGGAAGAGAGGGAGGAGGAGAGGGAGAGAUCAAUCAUAGAUAGAAAAUGGGAUGGGGGGGUGAAAGGAGAUGAUGAUGAUGAUGAUAGACAGACACCGUGUUUCUUCUCUCCCAGGUGUACCCUGAGCUGCAGAUCACCAACGUGGUGGAGGCCAACCAGCCAGUCAGCAUCCAGAACUGGUGCAAGAAGGGCCGCAAGCAGUGCCGCAGUCACCUGCACAUCGUGGUGCCCUACCGAUGCCUAGGUACAAAUGCACUGUGUAUGUGUGUGGGGGGUGGGGGGAGGCCUGUGUGCAUAGGGGGUGUGUGGGUGGGGUCGACGGUUCACACGUGUGUGUGUGUGUGUGUGUGUGUGUGUAUGGAGAUGAAAUGUAUGUGUGCUUUUGUCCUAUUUGAAUUAGUAAAAAGUGGUUAUUUUGUUGUUGGCUGUUGUUUUUUAUUUGUUCUUAUGUCUGUGUAUUAAUUGGCUCUGUCUGUGUAUGUUGCAGUGGGGGAGUUUGUCAGUGAUGCCCUGCUGGUUCCUGAUAAGUGCAAGUUCCUGCACCAGGAGCGCAUGGACAUGUGUGAGAGCCACCUGCACUGGCACACCGUGGCCAAAGAGGUGAGACCACGCACACACAUAUACAUGCUACAUAUUUUACAGAAUGCCACUCCAUCCGCAGGAGGGGCAGGGGCGCACCCAAAAGUGUUGACCCUCUGUGUAUGUCUGUUUUUAUUAUUUUACCCUGUAAGACAACGUUUUCUUAACUUUAUCUAUCUUAGUUGGAUACAUCUUGAGUACUUACUAGUUCAUGUAGGCCAUAUACUAUCCACCAUAUACACCCACCCUAAAGUGCAUAAAACAACAAAUCUAUGAAAUGAUUGUAUAGUAAUACACUAUAUAUACAAAAGUAUGUGGAAACCCCAUUCAAUUAGUGGAUUCGGCUAGUUCAGCCACAGUCGUUGCUGACAGGUGUAUAAAAUUGAGCAUACAGGCAUGCAAUCUCCAUAGACAAACAUUGGCCUUAGAAUGGCCUUAAUGAAGAGGUCAGUGACUUUCAACGUGGCACCGUCAUAGGAUGCCACCUUUCCAACAAGUCAGUUUGUCAAAUUUCUGCCCUGCUAGAGCUGCCCCGGUCAACUAUAAGUGCUGUUAUUGUGAAGUGGAAACGUCUAGGAGCAACAAUGGCUCAGCCGCGAAGUUGUAGGCCACACAAGCUCGCAGAACAGGACCGCCGAGUGCUGAAGCGCAUUGCGCGUAAAAAUCAUCUGUCCUUGGUUGCAACACUCACUACCGAGUUCCAAACUGCCUUUGGAAGCAAUGUCAGCACAACAACUGUUCGUCAGGAGCUUCAUGAAAUGGGUUUCCAUGGCCAAGCAGCCGCACAUAAGCCUAAGAUCACCAUGCGCAAUGCCAAGCGUUGGCUGGAGUGGUGUAAAGCUCGCCGCCAUUGGACUCUGGAGCAGUGGAAACACGUUCUCUUGAGUAAUGAAUCAAGCUGCACCAUCUGGCAGCCCAACGGACGAAUCUGGGUUUGGCGGAUGCCAGGAGAACGCUACCUGCCCCAAUACAUAGUACCAACUGUAAAGUUUGGUGGAGGAGGAAUAAUGGUCUGUGGCUGUUUUUCAUGGUUCGGGCUAGGCCACUUAGUUCUAGACGAUUCUGUGCUUCCAACUUUGUGGCAACAGUUUGGGGAAGGCCCUUUCCUGUUUCAGCAUGACAAUGCCCCCGUGCACAAAGCGAGGUCCAUACAGAAAUGGUUUGUCGAGAUAGGCGUGGAAGAACUUGACUUGCCUGCAUAGAGCCCUGACCUCAACCCCAUCGAACACCUUUGGGAUGAAUUGGAACGUUGACUGUGAGCCCGACCUCACUAAUGCUGUUGUGGCUGAAUGGAAGCAAGUCCCCGCAGCAAUGUUCCAACAUCUAGUGGAAAGCCUUCCCAGAAGAGUGGAGGCUGUUAAAGCAGCAAAGGGGGGACCAACUCCAUAUUAAUGCCCAUGAUUUUGGAAUGAGAUUUUCGACGAGCAGGUGUCCACUUACUUUUGGUCAUGUAGUGUAUAAUAAACAAAACCUGGAUCAAUUAUGUCAGAGUAGGAGUGCUGAUUUAGGAUCAGUUUAGCCUUUUAGAUCACCAUGAAUAGAAUGACAUGGACAGGGGGGAACUGAUCCUAGAUCAGCACUCCUACUCUUGAUACAUGCAGCCCUUGAUUUAACUGCCCCAUCCCUCUCUCACCCAGUCCUGCGGAGACCGCACCUUGAAUCUCCACGACUACGGGAUGCUGUUGCCGUGCGGCAUCGACCGUUUCCGGGGGGUGGAGUUUGUGUGCUGUCCGUCAGACAGGGAGACCGACAGCACUGAGCAGGACGAGGAUGACUCAGACGUGUGGUGGGGAGGAGCCGAGACUGACUACACUGACAACAGGUACACACCCACACACAGGAGCUCAUACAGUACUCACUUAGAUUCAUACUUAUACUAACCUCGUCCUCAGGCUAUUGUGCACAGUGCAUAUCAGCCUGGGAUAUCAACGAUUCAAAGUUGGCCUUAGUGGGAGAGACCAUAGAAUUCUAUGGGAGUGAGUAAAGUAUUUAUCUUUUUUUUUUUAUCGAAUCACACGACUGCGAGGCGGAACGUAAACUGAGGUGCGCCAAGACACAUACGGGGAGGGCUAGGGGGAAGGUGUUGUGGGAGAUGAUUGGUUGGUAGAUUAAGCCGAUUAAGCCAAUGCCUACCGGUCUUUCUGUAUUGGCUAACGACGGCCAUGUUUGACGCGCUGGUCCACCAGACUCUUUGCCCAUUUGGGCGGAAGUGUCUGGGAACAAGAUUAUACUUAUACUAGCACUCACACACAUACAGUACACGCACUCAUAACAACAUUACUCACACACAUCCUCACUAUCCCUCACUCCCUCCCUCCCUCCCUCACUCCACCUCCCUCCCUCCCUCCCUCUCUCAGUAUGGCCAGGGGGGCUGUAGAGCUAGCUGGAUCCGCGCCCCAGCAGCAACAACAGGAGGAAGAGGAGGAGGAGACAGAGGAGACAGCCCCUGCCUUGGUAGAGGAAGAUGAUGAGGAUGUGGAAGAGGAAGAGGAGGAGGAGCAGGAGGUGGUGGAUAAUGACCAGGAUGGAGACGGGGACGAGGACGAGGAGGAUGAUGACGUCAUUGACGAGCGCGACGAUAGCGAACCCACCACCAACAUCGCCAUGACUACCACCACCACCACUACUACUACCACCGAGUCUGUGGAGGAAGUGGUCAGAGGUGAGAGGGACUGGGAGGACCAGGGGCCAUGUGUGUGUACAUGUGGGUGUGUGUGUACAUCAUUUACUGUGCAUUUACUCUGCUUGUCUAUUUAAAGGUUGAGUGAGUGUAUGCAGGGGUGGAAUUGGGGGGGGGGGGAAGCCAAUCUAGAAACUCACCACUGUAAAUCAGUAGGAAUUCAGCUAAAUCUCCAUCCCCACCAUUCAUUUACAGUGAAAUGCUUACUUACAAGCCCUUAACCAACAAUGCAGUUUUAAUUAAACAAUGCAAAUAGUCCGGGUAGCCAUGAUUAGCUGUUCAGGAGUCUUAUGGCUUGGGGGUAGAAGCUGUUGAGAAGUCUUUUGGACCUAGACUUGGCACUCCGGUACUGCUUGCCGUGCGGUAGCAGAGAGAACAGUCUAUGACUAGGGUGGCUGGAGUCUUUGCCCCCCAUAUUUCACCCGAGUGUAUGACAUUACAGUAGUGUGUGUGUGUAAGUUCACACACCAUUGGAAUGCUCACGCCUGUACGAUUAUAAGUAUGUGUUCCAAAUGGCACCCUAUUCCCUAUAUAGUCCACUACUUUUUGACCAGGGCCCAUCGUGCACUACUUUUGACCAGAUCCCUAUGUAGGGAAUAGGCCGGGUGCCAUUUGGGACUCACCCUAUGUGUGUGUGUGUGUGUGCUGACGGCUCAUCGUCCCCCCCCACCAGAGGUGUGUUGGGCGAAUGCGGAGACGGGCCCAUGCCGUGCCAUGCUUGCACGCUGGUACUUUGUCCGCGAGGAGGGCCGCUGUGCCCAGUUCAUCUAUGGCGGCUGCGGGGGCAACCGCAAUAACUUUGAGUCGGAGGAGUACUGCCUGUCUGUCUGCAGCACCGUCAGUAAGUCAGUCACACAGACAGCGUCCUGUCUACCUGUCUGUCUGCGUGUCCACGUCUGAAAGCUAGCCUCUGUCGUUAGCCCUCUGGCUAGCUAGAUGCUAACCACGCUAAUACUACUUCACGCUACAUGCUAACCUCUGGUCUCACUAACCACCACUUGUACUGCCUGUCUGUCUGCUGCACUGUUAGUAAGUCAGUCACACAGACUACCUGUCUGUCUGCGUGUAGUGUCCAUGCCGGCUAGUUACCGUUUUGCUAACCGUCUGACUAGCUAGCUCUUUACCACGCUAGUUCGCGCUAACCUGUGGUCUCACUUAACUACCCCUUGUUGUACUGCCUGUCUGUCUGCAGCAUAUUCAGUAAGUCAGUCACACGGACAGCAUAGCAUCCUGCCUAACUGUCUGUCUGCGUGUAGCACUGUUAAGUGUCCACGUCUGCUAGCUAGUGUCUGGUUAACCGUCUGGCUAGCAAAUGGCCCUAGCCGUCUUGCUACCUUGGUGCUAACUACACUAACCAUGUCCGCUAGCCGUUAACCAUGCUUGCUAACCACUCUGGUCUCACUAACCACCACUCGUUGUGUGUUUACUGUAGGCUUGGGCGAUAUACCGUAUACCGGGGUAUUUCGAAAUACAGACGGUAUGUUUUUCAAUACCGUUAAAAAUAAUACAUGUAUAUACUUUUUGCUUAAGUUAAGUGUAAAUAUAACAAAUCUAAGAUGUGUCAAAUGUUAUCCGGUUUGCUAACUUGCUGGAUAAGGGGCUAGAUGUCAAGAUCAAGCUUCUUGGUUACAGCAGAGACAUUCAAUCCCCUCCUGGAUAAAAAUCCCUGUUACCUAAAUUGUUUUGUGUGUUGCUUUCUUUUUUUUUUAAAUAGCGCCCCUUGUGUGCAUAUUCGGUAAUACCAUAUACCCCGGUAUGGUACAGAAACGGUAUGACUAUGAAAAUCUAGAUACCGCCCACCCCUAGUUUACUGUACACAUGGACGAAUACAUUCACACACACACUUAUCCUUUAACCUGUUUGUGGGUUUUAGAAGACACUAAAACGAGUGAUUUCACCUGUUUUUCCACUGAUUCCGUAUGAGCGAACACCUGUGUGUGUGUGUGUGUGUGCGCGUGCCAGAUAGGGAAGGCAAAUGUUUCUCUCUCACACUAAUUUGAGUGUUGUGUGAGGCAGUGAACUGACAGUCGUGUGUGUGUGAACGAGAGCAUAUGAUCCAACCAUCGAUGGUUCACUCUCGCUCCCUCCCUCCCUCCCCCUACUUUCUUUCUGUAUACAGUGUCUUCUCUCUCACACUCCCUCUUUCUCUCACUAAUCCUGUCUUUCACUCCAUCUCACCUCCUCUGUAGCAGCCUCUGAAAUUCUGUGUGUGUGUGUGCGAGCGUGUGUGAGAUUUCUACUUGGUUGAGCAGAGCUGUGAAAGACAGUUCUGUAGUAUGGGAACGAGACUACAGCUUGUGUUUACACCAACUAGCAACCCUCUGUGUCCAAUACGCCUCGCACCCUCACCUUUCACACGGUCAUUUAGCGGUUACUGCAUGAUCAACAAGCGGUCACAGUGGGGUCAAAGCCAAGGGGUCACACUGCGGUCAGAACUAAAGAUAGGACUCCCUUGUUUAGGCUUAGCUUGUUUGACCGUAUCAAUUAAUUACAUCAUGACCACAUAGACCGGACCCAGAGCAGAGUCCAAGUUAGAAUUGUAUUAAUGGUUCUGCUUUGUUCGGAUCACAAAAUGCUCUUGGUUGUUUUGGGACUAUUGAGUGUCUGUGAAAUUAAGUCGUGCUAAUCUCUGAGACAAACUAUAACAAAAAACAAGCUUCACAUGACACACACACAGGUUCCAAAGUAUCACAGCAACGCUUCCUUAUUCAUUUAUGUAUUCAUGUAAGAAAUAAUAAAUGUAUGCAGUUCAGUGUUUAAUCAUGUUUAAUCAAGGACUCUGAUGAUGAUAAAUACAGUAUGUCACGUAAUGUGAUAUACAUAACAUACACACACACACACACACACACACUUUAGCCGGAGGAUAUUUUACAACCUCAUUACGCUCAGAAUAUUACAUAAAUGAAAGCGAUUUACUUUUUAAUGUCAAACCGAUAGAUACAGGUCAUGCAAGGUAUCCCAGCCUUAAGGCAUAACAGCUUUUUAGUAGGUUAUUCUGUAGUAGAAUAAAUGGGGGAAUUGAUAAAGUAACUCUAUUCUAGAGAGGCUUCUAAUCAAACAUCUAAAUGACUUGGAGUGUCUAUGGCAGUCGCAUUAAUGGAAGAGACUAUGUUGAAAGAAUUCUGGUAACUUAUAUUCUGGUAACCAAAAUACCAAGGUUUUGCAGAAUUCACAGUUGGAAGAUUCCUGGAAUCAGGAGGGAAUAAGCAGGAAAUCUGGAAUCCUCCAACCAGGACACACACACACAGAGACACCAGCCACCCUUCAAACGCACACUUCUCUGCUUUUUCACUCUGUCUGUAUUGUUUACUCUCGUUCACUCACUCGAUGAAUCACUAACCAACCUGUUGUUACUAACACUAAUAUUAUUAAUCAUCUCGCUUUAGUGUCUGCUGUUAUGGACCUGCUACAUGGUGUUGGUAGUUUGGAUCUUCUGUCUUUUUACUUUGUUUAUUGGUGUUAUAUUACUGCCUCCGGAUCCUUAUUUCAAUCAAAUCAAAUAAUCUGAAAGCACUUAUCGUAAGUCACUCUGGAUAAAAUGGUCUGGAUUUUGAGGAGGAAAGCAAUGUAAGAAGAAACAUAGAAAAAGGGAUGCGGGGGAGGUGAAGGAAAGAUGGGGUUAUCUGAAGACCAGAUUGUAAGAGUAAUUUUCUCAAUUUCUCUCCAUCUCAUCCCCAUCUCUCCCCCCUCCACCACCCAGUGCCCACCGCCACCCCCAGCCCUCCCGAUGCCGUGGACCGUUACCUGGAGACGCCCGGGGAUGACAACGAACACGCCCACUUUGCCAAGGCCAAGGAGAGUCUGGAGGCCAAACACCGCGAGAGGAUGUCCCAGGUAGGAGAGAGGAAGAGAGAAGGGCAGAGAAGGGAGGGGCAAAGGGGACGGAGGGGGGGGAGAGAGGAAGAGAGGGGUUGAGAGUGGAAGGGGGAGGGAUGGGUGAAGAAUGGGGAGGGAGGGGUGAAGAAGAGGGAGGGGGGAGGGAAGGAGAGAUAAAGAGAGGUGUUGAGAGUGGAAGGCGGGAGGGAGGAUGGAGAAGGGGUGAGGUUGGGGAGGGUGGAGAGAGAAGGAAGCAAAGACACUGUUGAGGUGAAAAUACCAUGUAUGAACGUAGCCACAGGGAAGGAAGGGUAGGGAGGGGAAGGGGUUAGAUACAGCAGUAACCUGUCUUUCUUCUUGUAGGUGAUGAGGGAGUGGGAGGAGGCAGAGAGGGAGGCCAAGAGUCUACCUCGUGCUGAUAAGAAGGCUGUCAUCCAGGUCAGACACAAAGGAUACUCAAACAUAUUAAUAAAUGCUAAAUCAGCGACUGUCAAUGUCAUAGGUGUGUGUCUUGAGUGUAGGAGCUGAAUAUUUGAAAAUAGCGUGGUGGUAGGGACUCUGUCUAUAAUUUAAUUUGUGUGUGUAUCAUAUACUGUAUAUAAGUGUGUCUUAUCAUGAAUGUAUCAUGUGUAUUACAUUUGUGUGUCAUGUUGCAUAGUAUAAUAAUGUGUGUGUGUGUAUCACACAGCGUUUCCAGGAGAAGGUUGAGGCCCUGGAGCAGGAGGCAGCCAGUGAGAGGCAGCAGCUGGUUGAGACCCACAUGGCCCGGGUCGAGGCCCUGCUCAAUGACCGCCGCCGCCUGGCCCUGGAGAGCUACCUGACCUCCCUGCAGGCCGAACCACCCAGGGUAGAUAGAGAGUACAUAGUAACAGAGUAUAACACACACACAGGUAGAGAGUACACACACACACACACACACACACACACACACACACACACAGGUAGAGAGUACAGACAUACACACAUUGUUGCCUGGCCCUGUAGAGCCACCUAACCGCCCUGCAGGCCCAGCCACCCAGGGUAGGGACACAUACACACUAUGCAGACAUAUACAGACACAUACAGUACAUAUGGAUCAUCCUACCAUAGUCCUACUCCUCCCACACACAGACCGACGUUCUGACUCUCUCUCGCUCUCUCCCUUUUUUCCCUUUCUUCUUCUCUCUCUCCCUCUACCCCCCCCCCCCCCCCCCCCUCUUUCUCUCUAGCCUCGUCAUGUGUUCAGCCUAUUGAAGAAGUAUGUCCGUGCAGAACAGAAGGACAGACAGCACACCCUUAAACACUUUGAGCACGUCCGCAUGGUCGACCCCAAGAAGGCCGCACAGAUCCGACCCCAGGUAAUAAGCCCACUAAGCCCACAUUUUAAUGUGUUUUACGUGGUGACCGUGAUUUUGUUGUCAUUCUCAUGAAGGCCAUUGAAGGUCGAAACAAUUUGAUUUGAACGAAUUAGAUAAAUAAUGAUAUUUAUUGAUGCUCUUAUUACUUUUUGUAUGCACCUCGUCUCACGUUGGUUGAGUGCCUUCUACUCCUCUCCAGUGCAGAAACAACCAAAUAUUUGCCAUUUGUACCAAAUAAAAGAAUAAACCUAGAAACAACAUUUCUCAUCCACCACCAAGCCCAAACAUGCUCACACGCACAAACACCAAUACACCUCUGAAGGGUAUUUUGGUAACCUCCUGACAUGUACAGUGUAUGGCUCACAGAAGAUAGCUUGUAUUAAAUAGCAUUCAAAUGUACUUGUAGGUACUGACCCACCUGCGUGUGAUUGAGGAGAGGAUGAACCAGUCCCUGGGUCUGCUCUACAAGGUGCCGGGAGUGGCCGACGACAUCCAGGACCAAGUUGGUGAGUGUUAUUUUCAGUCUCAUCUCUCCUUUAAUUAAGCAGGUAAAGGUUGACCAGGUCUGUGUGCAAGCAUUAACUGAUAUGAACCAGUAACCUUCCCUCAUCCACACUGUCACCAAGCACUAUCCAUAGUUUAUAUCCACAAAACCCUCAUCCACUUUUACUGUCAUUCAUGAUACAGAUAAUCAUAUACAGUGGGGAGAACAAGUAUUUGAUACACUGCCGAUUUUGCAGGUUUUCCUACUUACAAAGCAUGUAGAGCUCUGUAAUUUUUAUCAUAGGUACACUUCAACUGUGAGAGACGGAAUCUAAAACAAAAAUCCAGAAAAUCACAUUGUAUGAUUUUUAAGUUAAUAAUUUGCAUUUUAUUGCAUGACAUAAGUAUUUGAUACAUCAGAAAAGCAUAACUUAAUAUUUGGUACAGAAACCUUUGUUUGCAAUUAAAGAGAUCAUACGUUUCCUGUAGGUCUUGACCAGGUUUGCACACACUGCAGCAGGGAUUUUGGCCCACUCCUCCAUACAGACCUUCUCCAGAUCUGUCGCUGGGCAAUACGGACUUUCAGCUCCCUCCAAAAUGUUCUAUUGGGUUCAGGUCUGGAGACUGGCUAGGCCACUCCAGGACCUUGAGAUGCUUCUUACGGAGCCACUCCUUAGUUGCCCUGGCUGUGUGUUUCGGGUCGUUGUCAUGCUGGAAGACCCAGCCACGACCCAUCUUCAAUGCUCUUACUGAGGGAAGGAGGUUGUUGGCCAAGAUCUCGCGAUACAUCCAUCCUCCCCUCAAUACGGUGCAGUCGUCCUGUCCCCUUUGCAGAAAAGCAUCCCCAAAGAAUGAUGUUUCCACCUCCAUGCUUCACGGUUGGGAUGGUGUUCUUGGGGUUGUACUCAUCCUUCUUCUUCCUCCAAACACGGCGAGUGGAGUUUAGACCAAAAAGUUAUAUUCUUGUCUCAUCAGACCACAUGACCUUCUCCCAUUCCUCCUCUGGAUCAUCCAGAUGGUCAUUGGCAAACUUCUUACGGGCCUGGAUAUGCGCUGGCUUGAGCAGGGGGACCUUGCGUGCGCUGCAGGAUUUUAAUCCAUGACGGCGUAGUGUGUUACUAAUGGUUUUCUUUGAGACUGUGGUCCCAGCUCUCUUCAGGUCAUUGACCAGGUCCUGCCGUGUAUUUCUGGGCUGAUCCCUCACCUUCCUCAUGAUCAUUGAUGCCCCAUGAGGUGAGAUCUUGCAUGGAGCCCCAGACCGAGGGUGAUUGACCGUCAUCUUGAACUUCUUCCAUUUUCUAAUAAUUGCGCCAACAGUUGUUGCCUUCUCACCAAGCUGUUUGCCUAUUGUCCUGUAGCCCAUCCCAGCCUUGUGCAGGUCUACAAUUGUAUCCCUGAUGUCCUUACACAGCUCUCUGGUCUUGGCCAUUGUGGAGAGGUUGGAGUCUGUUUGAUUGAGUGUGUGGACAGGUGUCUUUUAUACAGGUAACGAGUUCAAACAGGUGCAGUUAAUACAGGUAAUGAGUGGAGAACAGGAGGGCUUCUUAAAGAAAAAUGAACAGGUCUGAGAGCUGGAAUUCUUACUGGUUGGUAGGUGAUCAAAUACUUAUGUCAUGCAAUAAAAUGCAAAUUCAUUACUUAAAAAUCAUUAUUUUUUUAGAAUCCGUCUCUCACAGUUGAAGUGUACCUAUGAUAAAAAUUACAGACCUCUACAUGCUUUGUAUGUAGGAAAACCUGCAAAAUCGGCAGUGUAUCAAAUACUUGUUCUCCCCACUGUAACAUCAUGACAUCCCUCAAUUCUCUCCUCCAUCAAAUCAAUAAUUAUAACCUCUCCCUCCCUUCUCCUUCUCCUUCCCACUCCCUCCCUCACUCUGUCUGUGUUUGUCUGGGUCUUGAGUUGUGUGCGUCACCGAGCCAUCUGUGUCUGAGUCAAUCUCAGACUCUGUCUAGUUUCCCCUCCUCUCAGGCUGCUCCCCUGCCCUCUGUGCACACACACACACCGCCUCCCAGCAACACAGACAUUGGUUUGCUUUUCUCCUGUAUUUAAAACAAAUGAGAACAGAGAGCGACCUUGUGUUUCAAAGUGAAGUGCAUGCUAUGGGCCCUAGUCAAAAGCAGUGCACUAUAUAGGGAAUAGGGUGACAUUUGGGACGCACACUUUAAGUCAAUACGCGUUACACACUCCUUUGGAAUGUAAUGGCAUUGGCCAUAUUACCUUUUUGGCCUCUCACACAUAGUGUGCGUCCCAAAUGGCACCAUUUUCCCUUUAUAGCGUACUACUUUGGACCAGGGCCUUGCAAACGUAUUCAUCCCCCUUGGCGUUGUUCCUAUUUUGUUCCAUUACAACCUGUAAUUUAAAUGGAUUUUUAUUUGGAUUUCAUGUAAUGGACAUACACAAAAUAGUCCAAAUUGGUGAAGUGGAAUGAAAAAAAAAACUGGUUUCAAAAAAUUCAAAAAAAUGUAUAACGGAAAAGUGGUGCGUGCAUAUGUAUUCACCCCCUUUGCUAUGAAGCCCCUAAAUAAGAUCUGGUGCAACCAAUUACCUUCAGAAGUCACAGAAUUAGUUAAAUAAAGUCCACCUGUGUGCAAUCUAAGUGUCACAUGAUCUGUCACAUGAUCUCAGUGUAUAUAUACACCUGUUCUGAAAGGCCCCAGAGUCUGCAACACCACUAAGCAAGGGGCACCACCAAGCAAGCGGCACCAUGAAGACCAAGGAGCUCUCCAAACAGGUCAGGGACAAAGUUGUGGCGAAGUACAGAUCAGGGUUGGGUUAUAAAGAAAUAUCCGAAACUUUGAACAUCCCAUGGAGCACCAUUUAAAUCCAUUAUUAAAAAAAUGGAAAGAAUAUGGCACCACAACAAACCUGCCAAGAGAGGGCCACCCACCAAAACUCACAGACCAGGCAAGGAGGGCAUUAAUCAGAGAGACAACAAAGAGACCAAAGAUAACCCUGAAGGAGCUGCAAAGCUCUGUCCAUAGGACCACUUUAAGCUGUAUACUCCACAGAGCUGGGCUUUACGGAAGAGUGGCCAGAAAAAAGCCAUUGCUCAAAUAAAAACAUAAGCAAACACAUUUGGUGUUCGCCAAAAGGCAUGUGGGAGACUCCCCAAAUAUAUGGAAGAAGGUACUCUGAUCAGAUGAGACUAAAAUUGAGCUUUUUGGCCAUCAAGGAAAACGCUAUGUCUGGCGCAAACCCAACACCUCUCAUCACCCCGAGAACACCAUCCCCACAGUGAAGCAUGGUGGUGGCAGCAUCAUGCUGUGGGGAUGUUUUUCCAUCGGCAGGGACUGGGAAACUGGUCAGAACUGAAGGAAUGAUGGAUGGCGCUAAAUACAGGGAAAUUCUUAAGGGAAACCUGUUUCAGUCUUCCAGAGAUUUGAGACUGGGACGGAGGUUCACCUUCCAGCAGGACAAUGACCCUAAGCAUACUGCUAAAGCAACACUCGAGUGGUUUAAGGGGAAACAUUUAAAUGUCUUGGAAUGGCCUAGUCAAAGCCCAGACCUCAAUCCAAUUGAGAAUCUGUGGUAUGACUUAAAGAUUGCUGUACACCAGCGAAACCCAUCCAACUUGAAGUAGCUGGAGCAGUUUUGCCUUGAAGAAUGGGCAAAAAUCCCAGUGGCUAGAUGUGCCAAGCUUAUAGAGACAUACCCCAAGAGACUUGCAGCUGUAAUUGCUGCAAAAGGUGUCUCUACAAAGUAUUGACUUUGGGGGGGUGAAUAGUUAUGCAUGCUCAAGUGUUCUGUUUUUUUGUCUUAUUUCUUGUUUGUUUCAACAACAAAAAAAUAUUUUGCAUCUUCAAAGUGGUAGGCAUGUUGUUUAAAUCAAAUGAUACAAACCCCCAAAAAAUCCAUUUUAAUUCCAGGUUGUAAGGCAACAAAAUAGGAAAAAUGCCAAGGGGUGUGAAUACUUUCGCAAGCCACUGUAUAUAGGAAAUAGGGUGCUAUUUGGGACGCAUCCAUAUUCUAGUGAUCCUAUUUUAUUGUUGUCUUGUCUUUGUAUGUACUAAUAAAUAAUGGUAACUGUUCAGUUAGUCAUUUCCCACUCCACUGCAACAGCGUUGACGUUUUCUCUCCUUUUCUCCCUCUCUACCCUUGUUUCUCCUUGUUUCUUACACCUUCCAUCCUCCCCUUUCUAUUCUUAUCAUCUCUCUCUCUGCUGCUGUCCUUCACCCUCUCCCCCCGUUUCUAUUUCCUCUCCUUUCUCCCACCUUAUUCUCUUCCUCCAUCUUUUCCCCUCCCUCUCUCCCCCACACCUUUUUUCUUUAUCUGUCAUUCCCCUCUUUCCCCACCUUUUUCUUCUCCAUCUCCUCCUCCCCUCCCUCUCUCCUUCCCUCUCUCCAGAGUUGCUGCAGAAGGAGCAGGAAGAGAUGGCCCAGCAGCUGUCCAACCUGCAGAGUGACGUGCGGGUGAGCUACGGCAACGACGCCCUGAUGCCCGACAGUCUUCCAGACAGCACCAGGGCCACCCUGGACCUGCUGCCCCAGGAAGAGAGCCUGGACCUGGGCAUGGGUCUGGACGGACUGGGCUUCAUCCACCCCGAGAGCUUCAACCAGGUCAACACCGAUAACCAGGGUAGGUGUGCCUAAAGCUAUGAUCAAUACACCCAGAAUCAGGGUAGGUAUAGUACAGACUACCAGAGUAUACACCCAGAAUCAGGGUGAGAACAGACAGAACCAGGGUAGGUGGACUAUACAUACCACCAUGUUAUAAACAUAACUACACAUUAAAUGUACCGAAUCCAUAACUGAUUGUAGACAGCUGUCAGGGUCUUGAAAGGGAUGACAUCAAAGCGAAACUAUGUUAAGAAGAUACUCAUCCUCCCUUUUCACUUUCUCUCUCCCUAGUCGAGCAUGUGGAUGCCCGCCCUAUUCCUGAUAGAGGUUUUCCAACACGACCAGUGUCUGGUCUGAAGCCAGAGGAGAUCCCUGAGCUCAGGAUGGAGGCAGAGGAGAGGCACAGCACCGGAUUCGAAGUGCACCACCAGAAACUGGUAUCUACACGCACACACAUACACAUACCACCAAAGCUGGUACACACACCACUCCAUUUUGUACAUUUGGCCACAGAUACAAGCAUCCUGGAGUUAUCCCAGACAUAUCCAUGACCGAAUCCAUACCCAUAUGGGUAUAUCCAUAUGUCUAUCCAUAUGUAUUGGCUGACCGUGUCCUUGUGGCCAACUUACUAAUGCCAUGGUAACCAAGGCCUGCCGAGACGACCAGGGUUGGUAACUGGCGUCUGAUGCCAGGAUGUUAGUUUCACACCAGCACUAAUUUAUAAUUGUCCUCAGAUGAACACUGUCUGGAAUUGAAAACACAACACACACCACACACACAAUAAUUGGUGCCCAAUUAAAUCUCUUAUACAUUUAGUAAUUUUCCUCAUUAAAUAAGGAAACUAUUAUUAUGUAACAUUCAUCUUGUAUAACAUAUCAUAACAUAGCUUUAAGCUUACCUCUAAAAUCCCUCGAUAAUGUAACUCUGAACCUUAAUCCCAAACCCCCUCAACUUUACCGCGGCCUCUUUAACACCUAAACAGUAGUCCUAACGUUAGAUUACAAAUCAUGUCUUUUGUAUUCAGCCCCAUUCCUACUCCAACUUAAUUUCACCUUAAUGCCUUGUACUCCUGACCCCAGAUCUGCCUCCUUAAAUCCAGUCAGUGUUUGUGAUUGGUUGUGCAUUGUGAUUUACAGUCCCUCUCUCUUUCCCUCUCCCUCUGUCUCUCUCUCCUCUCUCUAGGUGUUCUUCGCCGAGGAUGUCGGCUCUAACAAGGGCGCCAUCAUCGGGCUGAUGGUGGGAGGCGUCGUCAUAGCGACCGUCAUCGUCAUCACCCUGGUGAUGCUGAGGAAGAAGCAGUACACGUCCAUCCACCACGGAGUCAUCGAGGUGAGGGGUAGAGGAGAUGUGUGUGUGGGCUUGUAUUACUAUGCUAGUGGGUACCGGAAAUCCCCAAAACAUCCCCACAAGGAUAGUGAAACAAGGGAAAUUCUCCUACGAGGACAAAGGCUAUUUUAGGCUUAGGGGUUAGAUUUAGGGUUACAAAAGGGGAUUAGAAUUUAGGGUUAGGAGGUAGGGUUAGGUUUAUGGUUAGGAAAAUAGGAUUUUGAAUGGAAAUCAAUUUUAGGUCGCCACAAGGAUAGUAAAAUAUAUGCUAUGUGUGUUAUUGACUUUGGCUCAGUGUUUCCUUUGUCUCUAUUUCUAUUGUUUAUGAGUUUGUUUAAGACUUCUAUCUAAACAAUGUACAUGUACCGUGUCGGCAUGGGUACGAAUCCGUCCCACUGUCUAUCAGUAAACAUGUAAGGAGUGGGAACCGCCCCCAUUCGUUCAACAACAAAAAAAGAACCAGAAUAGUGUACGACACGUGUCAAACUCAUUCCACUGAGGGACGAGUGUCUGUGGGUUUUCGCUCCCCCCUUGUUCUGGAUUGAUGAAUUAAAGUCACUAAUUAUUAAGGAACUCCCCUCACCUGGUUGUCUAGGUCUUAAUUGAAAGGAAAAAACUAAAACCUGCAGACACUCGGCCCUCCGUGGAAUGACUUUGACACCCCGGUGUACGAGGACAUACCUUAUUUUUGUGUGUAACACAUCUCUCUCUGUUCUCCAGGUGGAUGCAGCAGUCACCCCUGAGGAGCGCCACCUGUCCAAGAUGCAGCAGAACGGCUAUGAGAACCCCACCUACAAGUUUUUUGAGCAGAUGCAGAACUGAGGAAUGACAAACCCCUCUUGACCACUACCCAACCCCUCUAACCCUCCACACCCCCACGCCCUUAACCCUAUCCCCACCCCAAACCAACCCUAUCCUACCCUCAAGCAGUGCAGGUUGGAACCAGGCACCACUAUCACUCCUGGUGUAGAUGGAGACUGUCCCCUUCAACACUGGUCCAGAGUCAGUUUUUAGUUUUUGACUUGGAAUGAGUUGAGGUAUGGACUUGGGUAGGGAGAUCUGACUCCAGACCAGUGUUAUUUAAGGGGGCAUUCUCUGGCUGUAUUGCCAGCCACACUGUCCCCAACCCUACACUACUGCAUUCUCUCUAUACACUGGGGAAUAGGUGAGGUCUAUGGGUCAAUGAAGCCUCCUCUCCUCCUCUCCAUCUAUUCUUCCUUCCUCCCUCUUUCCUUCUCUGUGCAUUCUUAUGACAGCUGUGCUGCGUUAGGUCACACAAGGCUAGAAUGAUGAUAAUGAUGAUGAUGUACUCUGAAUGAGCUCUUUAUUUUAGUUAUUCUAUCGUUUCCGGUUUAGUUUUUCAAAAAAUAAAUUAAAAUCAAAUAAAAAAAAACAUAUGUAAAGAGAAAAAAACAAGUCCUUUUUUAAAUUGUGUGUAAUGUAACGAAGUAGCUGUUCCUGUUUAGUGCAUGAUGACAAAAAUUACGACGGGGUUAUUAUUGAAAAUAAAAAAGAUCUUUGAGUCUCCAGAGAUUCUCACGUAGAGACUAUCAUUCUAGCAGGAUUAUACAUUUAGUAUCUUUCUCGUGAUCACGUGACUUAAAUGACAUUGGAUAAAAAAUAUAUAUGAAUCUCGGUGAAUGGGCUCUCUGCUUGGAUAUCAUGUUAAAUACACUGUAAGAGAGAUCUGUGCUUUUUGAAUUUAAAAGUUUCUUCUUUUUUUAUUUCAACCAUGCUAUGUUCCUAAAACUGCGGGGGGCUGGCUUGAUCCGUAUGUGUA